AUGCCUAAAAUGGAAGAUUCCUCCCUAGGAGGCAGCUGCCUGUCAGCAUGGGCUCAAGAAUUUGUGAACAGCAAAAUCCAACCUGGAAACGUGGUUGUGUUCAUUAAGCCCACCUGCUCCUACCGCAGAAGGAUCCAAGAGCUCCUCAGUCAAUUGUCUUCACAGAAGGGUUUUUGGAAUUUGUUGAUAAUCACAGCCACUAGUUACACAAUCAAGAUUCAAAAUUAUUUGAAACAGCUCACAAGAGCCAGAAAGGUACCUUGGGUCUUUAUUGGUAAAGAUUGUAUAAGUGGAUGCACUUAUCUGACAGAAAUGCAUCACAGUGGGGAACUGUUGAAGCAGCUAAAGCAAAUUAGAGGUCUACAGUAA